GGAGCGAGGAGAAAAGGGACCCAACCGUUGGGUGUCUAAGGUUAGGUGUAAUAAUACUUAGAGAAACUCGCUCAGUAGAUAUGAUCCUCAGACCACAGCUCCAGCUAUUGUCGGUAAUCUCCCCGGAUUCCUUUCUACUUGCGUGAAAGAAUUUCAGCAGCACAAGGUCCAAGUGCAUUGUUCUCGCAGUGCAACCUGUAAUUUCAGCCAGAACAAAGGGGUCUUGGGGCCCCCUCUCCGUAACGUGAGAAGACGUCUUCUUACUGAAAGAGGCAGAACCGCUUUUGUGGGCUCGGAUAAAGGAUGUGGAGCUGAGAAGAGGCACUUCUAACCAGAAGGAGGACUGGCCAUUCUCACCAGGAUUUGAGGGCCAUCUCACAGCUCCAUUGGAAAGGUUUUUGGUGGGGGUAACAGGAUGAAGCGUUUCACAUUGUCUGACCUAAGGACGGUCGCGGGCGUCUGUGUAUUUCUAGGGGUGUGCGUCGCCAUCGCUGCACUCUGUCUGACCCUGGGACAACCUCGGAAAAAAGAUUCAAAGCCUGCUUUCUCCAGCGGAGGAGACAUGCUGGACUAUCUGAAGUUACAAGGAGAAAUUGCAACCCGUGAUGGACUACUUGUCAGCUGGUAUCACGGUGCAAACAACAAGAGUCAGACGCAAGAAGCACUGAAGAGUGGUGUCAUGGUCUUAGAGGCGGAUGUCAACGUGGAAGGACAUUUAACCCCGAACGAGACAAAUAUUCCUAUUAUGGCUCACCCACCCGCUGUAUAUAGUGACAACACCCUGCAAGAAUGGCUGAAUACCGUCCUCCACUCUUCAAGAGGUAUUAAGUUGGACUUCAAGAGUAUCCAAGCCGUUGGCCCAUCGCUUGACAUAUUACUUGCUACGUCCUCCAGGACUCCCAUUAACCGCCCUGUAUGGCUAAAUGCAGACAUCUUGGCAGGUCCCAAUGUCUACAAUGAAAUUGGAGUAAACGCAACACAGUUUCUAAACCUAAUCCAAGAGAGGUUCCCAGACAUCACCAUCUCUCCGGGCUGGGUGACGUUAUACUUACCACCUAUCAUCUCCAACAGAACUUACUCCAGAGACAUGGUGGAGAAGAUGUACAAUCUGGUGAAAGGUCUGACUCAAAGAAUCACUUUCCCAGCUCGGGCCGUUCUCACCUGCUCAGCAUGGGAGAAUUUCUACUGGCUCCUGAAGCAAUCUGACCGGUACAGCCUGACUUUAUGGCAGGGGAGUUCGGACCCUCUGCAACUGGACGACCUUUUGUUCAUCCGCGAUAACAGUCGCCCUGAGGAGAUCUAUUAUGACAUUUACGAUCCUUUGCUAUCAGAAUUCAAACAGCAAGCAUUGAAUACAAGCAGGAGGAAACUGUUCUACACCGGGGGCAGUCUUCAGAUGUACUUUCACCCCGACGAUCAUGAUGGAAUAUCGGUGAAAUGGUUUGAUGCAGAAGAAAACCUCUCCACAGUACAGAAUCUUUUAGCAAGUAGUUUUGGAAUGCUUACUCUUCAUGUAGAAGUCCAAUCAAGAUCACCGGUGGUGAUCUUUGCCAAGUCAUCAGCAGCAUUUCCACUGGAAGAUCUUCUGAAGCUGAUUAAUAGCAACAAAAAUCUUUGGGGAGUUUUUCUGAAACCAAAAGACCAUGUUUCACUCAACGAGACACUCCAUGCCUUGAAGAGACUAAAUGACCAGAAAGGCCUAUAUCUUCCAGUAUGGAUUGGUAUGGAUGUGUCAUAUAAGAGUUUCAGUACACCUGGGUAUCUCUAUGGAGAAGACUUCAUCGGUAGCAUCAACGCCAUCUUUUCGGCAGUUACGAUUGCUCCUGGCUGGCCCAUAGAACGGUUGGACGGGGGUUAUACAGAGCUGAUGGUGCAGGACAUGCUUCAGCUCUGCAAAGGAGUCAUGCAGGAGGUCUCAUUCCAGCUACAAGCAGUUAUCUUGGGUAAGGCCUGGCUGAAUACUGUGAAUCUAAUGAAGGUCUCCCACAUGUAUACUCUUACUGUGGAACACACCGCUGAGCAGGGGACAUUCAUGGAUGGGUAUCAUGGACUGAUGGCCAUCAGAACCCACACGGAAAACGGUGUCUAUUACAAACUACCACCAGAUUAUUAUUCUUCGCUCAUGACAAGUAUCUACAGCACGUAAAGUAAAAUCACUCAAGGACCCUCACUUGAUGCACAUUACUGUAGGACCAACUUAAAUUAUAUAGAUGUUUUUGGGUAAUUUCAUCGUAAAUCUCUUGGAAAAUCCACUAGUUGAAGAGGUGGGUGUGUAGUGUUAUAUAAUUGAUUUAUCUGUUCUCUAUUGGACUAUGGGAUGAUAGUGGUAUGACGGGCUGGCUGGGUCACACAAAGCACCUGGUCAGCUUUGGACAAUGGAUACUGUAUUUUUGGGAGAAGGUCCAGUGUCAUCUCUCAUUCCAUAAAGAUUUGUUGGCAUAUAUGUAAAUUCGACCUACGAGAAAUAUACUGAUCCGACAUUGUCCUCUUAAUGCGUUGAUUUACAAAUAUAUACAAUAAAAGUGAGUCCUAAAAUGAUAGAUUCCUUCGAAGACUUUGUCAAAUGCAAAUAUCAUGGUGACGUACCUGAUGGAACUACGCAAGGUCUAAAUA